AAAUAAGUGUUAUUCCAAAACCUUUUACUUAAUGUUCUUCAUUUUCAGGUUAAAUGUCCAUCCUUUCACACCAAGCCCAACAGUGAAGAUGGCAUCUAAUGUUACAGCCCAAUCAGUGUUGGAGAAGAUUAGUGUGGAUCAUCUGGAAUGCUCCAUCUGCACCAACCGUUUCAGGCAGCCCAAACUGCUGGACUGUUUGCAUAGUUUUUGCCUGCAAUGCCUGCAAGAGCUCAGACAGAGCCAGGAUCCUAGUGGUACAAAGCUGACAUGUCCUCUGUGCAGAUGUGAAACCACAUUGAAAGGGUCCGGGGUUGCUGAUCUCCCUAAUAAUUUUGCAUUCAGUGCCCUGGUGGAGGAAGUUACAAUGCAGGAAAAGCUGCUGGAAGUUAAAGGGUCAGAGAUCAAAUGUCAAGCCUGUGAUGAGGAGAAUCAGGCAAUUUCAAGAUGCAUGGACUGUGAUCAUUUCCUCUGUCAAGAAUGUCAAAAGGCACAUGAACGUAUGACUGCCAUGAAAUCUCAUAAAAUCUACACACUGGCUCAACUUCGAUCAGGGGAGAUUGUCUACAAGAGUAAACUUAGAGAAGAAGUUCCCAAGUGUUGCAAGCAUCCAGAUCAGAAUCUCAAUAUCUACUGCAACUCAUGUGAGCAAGUCAUAUGCACAACUUGCUCUGUACUUGAUCACGCAAAACACUCACUCACUGGAUUACCUGAGGCUGCAGAGAAAUGUAAGAAAAAGGUCACAAAAAUGGUCCAAAAAAGUGAGAGAAGAAAAAAAGAAUUAAGAAACACCAUAGAAAAGACGUGCAAAUCUUGCAAGGAGCUGGACACCAUGUUUGCCAACGCUCAAAAGAAAGUCUCCAAAAAGGCUCAUCAGGAGAUUACAAAGAUCCAACAAGAGGUUGCAAAGAUCCAACUGGGGAUUCCAAAAAUCCAAAAUGAAGAAGAGAAAUUAAAGCAAGAGAUGGGCAGGAUUUAUCAAGAAAGAGUCACAACAUUUGAAGCUGCUCAAGCCAAUAACAGCAAAGAGGUGACACAGACAGAGCACAAGCUGGAGGAGGUGAAACAACUCAUGAAUCAAGCAAGUUGCUGUGAGAUUCUUGAACUUGAGCAAAAGCUCUUGCAUAACCUCAGUGAAUUGACAGGGAAACAGCCACAGCAAGUUCCUGACAAGUUUACCUUUAUGGACUUUGAAGAAGGUGAGAGGUCACUUGGGAGACUCAUUCUGGAGGAGGAGCCAAAGGCAGCAGUAGAGCCAUCACCAAGACCUGGGAGAUCAUGUGUGGAGGAGAAAUGGGAACUGAAGACUGAAGAACAGUCAAGGGGUGCUGCAAAGCAAUCACCAAGACCUGGAAGAUCAGGUGUGAAGGAGAAAUGGGAACUGAAGACUGAAGAACAGUCAAGGGGUGCUGCAAAGCAAUCACCAAGACCUGGAAGAUCAAUUGUGAAGGAGAAAUGGGUACUGAAGACUGAAGAACAGUCAAGGGGUGGUGCGAAGCAAUCACCAAGACCUGGAAGAUCAUGUGUGAAGGAGAAAUGGAAACUAAAGACAGAAAUCAAGAACUUUGAAUUAAGUGUAUCAUCAUUCAUGUCACUUGUUGCAGCACUCUCGAACAAUCAAAUACUUGCACUUGCACUAUCCGUACCAUUUAGUGGAGAAAGAGAAACACUAUUCACUGUUAUAAUUCCAAAAAGUCAUCAGGAAUCUCCAAUCAUAAGGCCACAAAUCAAUGGCCUCACUAAUGUUAGGUGUAUUGCAGUGAGCAAGGAUAACAAGCUAUUUGUCAUAGAUGGUCAAAAAGUCAAGGUCUUCAGCAAGCAGCAUCAGCUCCACCAGUUCAAACCAGGUAAAUGGCUACACAGCCAACCAACAUGCCUUGCAGUGGAUGACAGCAAUCUGAUAGCAGUGGGUUAUGAUGGCAAGAAUGAGAUAUCUCUACACAACCCAGAUGGAUCCCGCAUCAGGAGACUGCCUGCUCCAAUGAUUGGAGAUUAUCUGACAAUGCACAAUCACCACCUUAUCUACACAAACUGGCUUAACAAACGGUUGGUAUGUGUAGACUACUAUGGUGCCAGUGUAUUCUCAGUAGAUAUGACCAGCAACAUGCAGGAGGGUUACUACCCUAAUGGUGUGUGCUGUGACAGUGAUGGCAGCAUCUAUGUUGCUGUGUUCGGACAUCCAACAGGUGAUAUUCUGCAUUACAGUCCUAAUGGCAAGUACAUUGGAUGUGUGAUCAAUGGAUGCAGUGAUCCACGUGGCAUCACAUUCACAGUGGAUGGUGAUCUGGUAGUGGCUGCAGGACAGUCUGUACAGAUCUAUCACCGAGUGUAAGGACAGAUUAAUUAAACUGGGGCUAUCCAGUGUAUCCGCCAACCACUUCCAUCAGACAUUGAACAUUGUUAUCACUGAAAAAGAACAUAAUUCCCUCGAAUGACAUUCUAUAAUACUGUAUAUUUGGUUUAUUUCUAAGGUCUAUGGUCUCUGUAUGCUUUGACUCUAACACUUAAACCACUUCCCCUUUGAAAAAUCUUGGACCUCAACGCCCAGCCUACUUCCCAUAAAAUCUUAGAUCUGGUGGCCCAAUAACGAGAGCAAAGGAAUGACCCUUCACAUUGUUUGCAAAUAGGGAUGAGUGCACAUUUUCAAAAUAUUACCCAGUGUACAUUUUAAACAAAAGGGAAAGUAGGCCUAUAACCACGAGAGGGCAAUUCAAGUUUCUCAAAUUCGUCUCAGCAAAUAGAAAGUCAAUGCAUGAUGUGUUUUCUAAGGAUAAGAUAUAACCCUGCUCCUGUAUAAAAUGUCAAGAUUUCCUUACAUUUUGUUAUUGGAUUGUUCAAUAAUUGGAAUAAU